AUGAUAAGAAGGGUUCACAGAGGGCUUAAAAUGUUAAGAUCCUCAAUCACUCGACAAUGCGUCAGGACUGCGUGAGGGUUCGGAUAUACUUCAACCCGUUUGAAAUAUGAUGCCCUGAGUAAAUUAAAUAAACAAGAGUUUAAACAUUUAGGGUGGAUUCGACUUGUCAAAUUCGCUUAAGAUGUUUCCUAUUUAAGUGAAAUGACCCGGAAGUAGUGCAAAUGGCGCCAUGAUAAGAGCUGAUCUAUUCUCUAAUGCUAAGGAAAGAGGCUUCAAUGCUUCCUUACUUAGCCCCUUCAGCAUAGGAACCACUUCACAUCAUGUUUUUCCGACGGAAUGUUUUCAGUGUGACACAACAACAUGGAACGUGAAGACAGAAUCACACCGAGCCGCGAAGACUGUGUUUAUACCAGCUGUUACUGUGAAGAAAAUGUUUGGAAACUGUGUGAAUUUGUCCGAUCGGAGAGAACCGCACCGCUGGAAGAAUUGUUUGUUGUUUUCAUCUCAAAUGAGAACCGGAAGGUUCCUCUGUGGAAGCAGAGGUCUGGGCAUGGAGAGCAGCCAGUUAUCUGGGAUUACCACGUUGUGAUGCUGCAGGUUAGACCCCAUUCUUCUUCUCUAGUUUAUGAUCUGGACACAGAGCUGUCGUUUCCCUGCAGCCUUAAACUGUAUUCUGCCCAGGCCCUACGCUCGGACCGCACCAUCCAACCUGCGUACCACAGGAUGUUGCGAGUCAUCCCUGCUGACAGCUUCCUGUUAAACUUUGCAUCAGAUCGAUCGCACAUGAAGAAGUCUGACGGAUCGUGGGGGAUGCCCCCCCCGCUCUAUCCCCCCAUACAUACCACAGAGUGUCAGAUGAACCUAGAAGACUUCAUAAGUAUGAAACCUGCUGUUGGCUGGGGGGAGGUCUUCACUCUGGAUCACUUCCUGCUGCGAUACACGGGGGACUCUUCAUCAUCUUCAUCAGCACUAGCUUCAUCCUAGUCUUCUACUACAGCUGCGUUUUGUUUAGCAGCUUCAUUACAAUUAUUAUAAUGAUUAGGAUUAUAUUACGAUGGUAAUAUUAAUAUUAUUAUAAUUAUUUCAUUAUUAAAAUAUGAUCAUUCUAAUUAUGAAAACUAGUUAUGAUUGGAUUAUCUUAUUACCAUGCCUAUUUUUAUUAUCACCAUUAUUAUUACCCAUACGAUUAGGAUUAUUUGUAUUACAUUAGUUUUUAUAAUUAGUGUUAUAGGAAUUGUUAUGUAAUGACGGUUAUUAUUAUGGUGAUUAGGUGCUGUAUGAAUAAAUUAAGGCUUAUCGUGA